UCCGCUCCACCCCAGCCCGCCAUGGCGUCAGGCGCCGUAGCACCCGGGAGGUGGUUCCCACUUUAAGAAGUGAAGUUUUCCCCCCUCCCCCUCCCUGCCCACCUCCUGCAGCCUCCCGCGGCGGUGGAGCUGGCGGAUGGAGCUGCGCUGCGGCGGCAUGGGGAGCCAGGCUGUGGGGCGCAGGAUGGAUGGGGACUGCCGAGAUGGCGGCGGCGGCGGCAAGGACGCCGGGUCGGAGGACUAUGAGAACCUGCCGACCAGCGCCUCCUUAUCCACCCACAUGACAGCCGGAGCGAUGGCCGGGAUCAUGGAGCACAUGGUCAUGUACCCGGUAGACUCAGUGAAGACACGAAUGCAGAGUUUGAAUCCAGAUCCCAAAGCCCAGUACACAAGCAUCUACGGAGCCCUCAAGAAAAUCGUACGGACUGAAGGCUUCUGGAGGCCCUUGCGAGGGCUCAACGUGAUGGUCAUGGGCGCAGGGCCGGCCCAUGCCAUGUAUUUUGGCUGCUAUGAGAAAAUGAAAAGGACUUUAAAUGCCGUUUUCCACCACCACGGAAACAGCCACAUAGCCAAUGGGAUAGCUGGGAGUAUGGCCACCCUGCUCCACGAUGCAGUAAUGAACCCGGCAGAAGUUGUGAAACAGCGCAUGCAGAUGUACAACUCGCCACACCGGUCGGCCCUCGGCUGCAUCCGGACGGUUUGGAGGACUGAGGGCCUGCGGGCCUUCUACCGGAGCUAUACCACGCAGCUGACCAUGAACAUUCCCUUCCAGUCCAUCCACUUCAUCACCUACGAGUUCCUGCAGGAACAGGUCAACCCCCACCGGGGCUACAACCCACAGUCCCACAUCCUCUCCGGCGGGCUGGCCGGGGCCCUGGCCGCGGCCGCCACCACCCCCCUGGACGUCUGUAAGACCCUUCUCAACACUCAGGAGAACAUGGCCCUCAGCCUGGCCAACAUCAGCGGCCGGCUCACGGGCAUGGCCAACGCCUUCCGGACGGUGUACCGGCUCAAUGGCCUGCCCGGCUACUUCAAGGGCAUGCACGCCCGCAUCAUCUACCAGAUGCCCUCCACUGCCAUCUCCUGGUCUGUCUACGAAUUUUUCAAGUACUUCCUCACCAAGCACAAGCUGGAGAAUCGAACUCCGUACUAAAGGAACAGGCUGUGGGCAGCGAUUCCAGAAUCUUGUAUUUUUAAAAGGUUUUCCCUGCCUGCUUCCCUUCCCGCGCCCUCACAGCGGGAUUAUUUUUGCAGGGUGUUCUCAGGGGGGGGCCUUCCGUUCCCUGACGCCUUGGAGAGAGGAGAGGAUGGGACAGCCGCCUACCAGAGGCCGUCCACAGGGACAUCCGAGGUGGUGGCAGGGGGGGAAAGACUUUGGAAGGAAAGCGAGAAAUUGCUUUCUAUUUCCUCCCCUACGAGGAAUGUAGCUUCCCUGCUUCACUGUGGCAGGCCCCGCCCCUCGAAUCAUAGGUCACACAGUGGGGAAGAAAGUGCAUGACUGAAAACCAUGAACGCAGAAAGAGCACAUUAUGUAUAUAAAAGUUCUAGUACACAGUAUAAAAUGGAUGGGUAAUGUUUAUUCUUUAUUUUUCUACGUAGAGGUUUUUGGAUUUGUGUGUGUGUGUGUGUGCCUGUGUGUGGUUGGAUAAGUGUGACAGCUAGGAAUACAAAGCUGAUUUUAAAAAAUGGAGGGUGGAAUUCUUCCAUUGGGUUAGGUAAAAAGGCACCCAAGUAAUAAAUUGCUAAAUGUGGCCUAGAGUUGUGUUGAGCCCCCAGAUGGGAGUUUCACUUGAAUGUAAAAUAAUAAAUAUGUUUAUAUUUUUGAA